GACAACGACAACGACGACGACAACAACAUAACACGACCAUGGCGGACAAGAUGAUGGACCGGGCCAACUGGUACCUUGACCUAGUCAAGCAAGGCGGACCGAAGAUCGAGUCGCUCAAAGCUGGGCUAUCAGUCGUAGCCCCCUCAGGUGCCUCGUCAGGUAGCAAAAACUUACCAGCCGUCUCGCGCAACCUUGUCGAGGUCACCGAAUACCUCCAAACACUGGACUUGCCCGAUGGAGACGGCUACGACGGCGGGCUGAACGUCAGCCUGUUGAUCCGGCGAACCGAAGACCUCGACAACUCGUCCUUCAAGGACAUUGAUCUCGAUGCUCUCCACCUGAGCGGCUUCGGCAAGUGGCUGGUCGAACAGGGCGCCUGGGCCGCCAAGCGGGUCUACACCGAGCCCAAGCCCGACCUCGCUGCCGGCGGGAAAUGGCUCAGGGAAUGGUCCAGGGACAACAUGGUUAAGGCGACGACUGUAACCCUGGUCACGUCGCCCGCCGAGCAUGCCCGCGACGCUGCGUGGGUGCCGACCGUGAUCGUCGCCAUCAGGGGCUCCAAGGCCAAGCACGACUGGGCCGUCAACGCCAACUACAAGGACGCAGCGGGUGCGGCUGAUAACUUCCUGGGCGUGCCCUCGCCGGGCCAGUCGUACAGGGUGCACGGCGGAUUUCUCGAGUGCGCGCGCGCCAUGGCGCCCAAGAUCGCCGAGCUCAUCAAGGCGGUGCGGGAGAGACACGACGUCGGCGGCCCGAUUGACCUCUUGUUCACGGGCCACUCGGCCGGCGCGGCCGUCGCAGCGCUGCUGUACGCGCACAUGAUGAAGCCCGCUGGCAACGAGCGGAACGGCCUGGCGGGGGUCAGAGAGUCCUUCCGCAGCGUGCACGCCAUCACCUUCGCGGCGCCGCCCGUGACGGCUCCGGCCCUCACAGCGCCGGCGGCCGAUGUGGGCGGCCUGUUCCUCGCGGUGAUCCACGAGGGCGACCCUAUCCCCCGCGGCGACGUGCCGUAUAUGCAGUGGCUGGCAGCAGUGGGCCUUGGCGCGCGCAACCUCGCGCCCAUGCCGGCGCGCGAGCUGCUCAACGCCGGCGAGCCGCUGCUGCUACGGUCGAGCACGCCGCCGCAAGGCCCCGUCGAGCUGUUCCGCUUUGCGCCGCCCGGGAGCGUGGGUAGUCUGGGCGGCAUGGUCUUUGGCAACCCGCCCAUGCAUGACAUGGGGGAGUAUCUGGUUAGUUUGGGGCUGCAAGUACGCGAGGAGUAGGUUGUGUAGAAGUGUGAUGUGUGAUGGAGUGCUUGUUGCGGUUUAUGAUUUGAGUGUUUGGUCUGCCGUGCUGCUGUGCUGCUGUUCGGAUUGGAAGAAUUGCUAGUUAAAUUAGGUUACCUGACUAGUCAGGAAGGGGUCAGCUGAACGGAGCCUCUUUUCUUCUUGUUUUUUGCCUCUGGCGGCGCCUGCGGCGGGCUGCCCUCGGAGGAAUCUGGUCGUUCGGGGUCUCUUUUAGU